GUGCUUUUGUAGGAAUAUUCGGAACAUAUAGGUGUCUUAAGUGAGAAGUGUAUCCUGAAACAUCCUUAAAAAUGGAGAGUUUACUGGCAUAUGAAUCGAGUAGUAAUUCUUCGGAUGCCAUUGAAGAAGUAAAAUCUACGAAACCCGAGGAAGAAAAGCUAGAAAAACCGGAAAAGCCAGUAUCAGAGGCAGAAUCGGAGCCGUUGAAAUCUGAGCUGCCGAAAUCCGAUCAAGAGCCUGUUGAACCCGAAGAGAAAUCGAAAGAUCCCCAGCAGUUCACUUGCAUGCAGACGGACGUGGCAGAAGAAAGUUCUGCAAAUGAUGACGUGGAAGAAAUCGGACUUGACGAAUCCACUGCUUCAUCAGCGUUAGAUGAACCCUCCGAAAGCAGUAUCAGUGUAGAGCAAACAAUAAGUUCACCACCUGCGAUUCACGGCGAGGAUUCCGUGAAUCUAAAAUUUGAAAACCCGUCAGUGGAACCGAAUGAGGCUUCUUCAGCGGAAGAUGGGGUCUUUUGUCCUCCGUCAGCUGACACAGAAAUAACCCGACGAAAGCGUACGAAAACUGUAAAAUUGAGGGAAUCCGAAGAUUUUACAGAUCCGCUCCUUGUUGCAAUGGAUUACGAAGAAUCAACUGAAGUUUCAAAACCGAAACGAGGGCGUCCGAGAUUAGCGGGAUCCCAGCCUAAAACGAAGCCUGAAAAAGCGCCAAAAACACCGAAAAAGCUUUUCAAGAAAGUUUUAACUGUCAAGUUAGAACCGCUUGCACCGGAUCAUCCGAAAUUUUUUCCAAUUGAUGAAGAAACUCGCAACAGUUUUACGAAUGCCAAAGAAAACAACGUCAAUUCUUCACCCGUGACCCCGUCGGCUAGCAAUACCCGUCCUGCGGCCUCAAUUGAUGAAACUUCUCAAGAAAGUAGUGGCAGUGUUUCUACGAAAAAGAAGAUCCGUUAUGAAGUUUACGACCCGGAAUUGGACCAAGCAGUAACAGCUGAUCUGAUUUUCGAGUAUCAAUGGCCAGCCCAUGAGAGAAAUGCGGAUUAUUUCAUGCUUCAAGAACAAGUAGCGAAUUAUCUAGGAAUCAAGUCCUUCAAACGGAAGUAUCCAAAAAUGACGCGGAGACCAUUGGAAAGAGAGGAGAAGGCGUUGUUGAGGGAUCGAGGUGUAGUGUCUGGAACUACGUUUGAUUUAGGUGUGACGGUGUUACGAAGCGAAGAAGUCCUUGAUGCCAUGGCGCAGGACUUUCCUGAUAAAUUUGAAGAACUUCGCAUAGCAAUGCAAGAAAAACGGCAGAAACGCGCUCAGGAGCAAAGAUUAGCCAGUGCCACUCCAGCAAAGGCCAAUCAAGGUGGUGGAGCCGAGAAAACAAACCCUGCAAAGCUCAUUACUGACCCACGCAUGCGUCUCAUCCACGAAACCGCCGAGUUCAAUGCAAGGUUCAAUCGGGAGCGACUGGAGGAACGUCCUUGUGCCUUUGAUAUGCAAUCCUCCAACGUGGUUUAUCCAAUGAACAAGAUACUUCGAUUGUCGCCUGAGCUGUCAAAGGUUGGAAACUACCCCGUAGCUCUAAUGCCUUCUCAAUACACUGAUUAUUAUCAAACGUACAAGCCUGACGCGCUUAAGUAUCUUCCUCUAAACACUGUCAUGUACGGCCCGGUGAAUCCGUAUGCCGAUGCAGAAAUUGAGGAUGACAACAAGGUUUCGUCUUCUGAUUCCAGUUCAGGUUCCGAUUCUGAAGAUUCGAAUGCUUCAUCAUGAAUGAUGACAAAUUUUGCUUGCUCUUAUUUAUUUGCACUUCAAAGUUCAAAAUGCGCCGAAGGAAUUAAUUUUCGUUGCUGCUACGCUCAGUGUCCUCUGAAAAAGCCAUUAAUUUCUCAUUGCUCUUCACUCUGUGUAUAAACUUUGGAUGAUUUUCAAUAUUCUUUAUGGUCUACGCAGGGAAUAUUCUCGUUUUUGUUGCCUUUUCAUCAUUGUUUGAGAAACUCUUCAGAAGAAAUUUUCUGUACUGUAUAAGGAAUUAUUUUUAAUCUCCGAGUAUCAAUGUUGAGAAAGUUUCCCUCAUUAUUGAAUUUUUUUGGUCGUACAUGUUUUGUUGCAGUUUUCCAAAAGAAUGUUUUCAUGUUCGGUGUCGUGUGAAGUAUCUGGAUGUUUUGUAUUUGAAUUAAACAUUUUUUAAGCAUCUGUGAAAA